AAACAGCAGCUUUUAAUUUAAUGAAUACAUUUAUUAUUAAUGAUAUUGUUUAUUAUCAAAGUAUCCAUGGAAUUAUGUAAUCAGCACUCAACAUUAGAAAUAUAGUUGUACUGGACAUGAUUUAGAUGGCAACAAAAUGUCACAAAAGGCAUCAAAUUAUUACUGUAGGUAUGGCUGAUUUGAUAGCUCUUGUUCUAUCCUGCCAGGGUUCAUGUCAAACACUGAUAAAUUAUAAAAAGAAGAAUCCCACUAUAUCCAAGGGUUGUGGUGCCAGCUCUCAGUGUGAUGAUGGGACACAUUUGUGUGAUCCCACUGACCCAUCUACCUCGUGUCUGUAUUGCUGUCAAAGUAGUGUUUGCAAUUACAACACAACAAUACUCAACUUUCAAGAUAACAGGAAAAAGAGAUCUACACAUGUUUCUGACCGUUAUAACUUUUUGAGAAAUCAGCCACGUCUGGUCUCUUCAUACAAUGAUGUCAGAGGAAGGCAGUCACCACAUAGUUUUAUCUGACAGUCUAAGGAGAAAGCAACAAACACUAGCUUCCAAACCUUAUCUUAGAAGUAAGCAACCAACUCUGACUUCAGAAAACCAUAUGAGGAAUUCCAUUCAAAUGUCUUACAUUAAUUCAAAGAGCAGAAGAACUGGUAUUUUGUUGCGUAACAAAUGGAGAAGACAAAAGUUUCGUGAGUUCACAGACCAUAGACAUAAGCAAUCAAUGAGAGGAAACCAGUGGAGGAGAAAGUGGUCUGUUGUUCCAACUGAUAAUUCUGUUAGGGGCAAAACUGAUAAUUCUAUUAGGGGGAAUGUGAAGCCUGUUACUGCUGUAAACUUAGUGAGGAAUCCUGGAAAUGUGAAGCGUAUUCCCACUUUAAACUUGAUGAACAAUCAAAGGAAGGAUGAUCCUCUCCUAGCUGUGAAUAUUGUAAGAAGGCGAAGGAGUCCAGGGCCCUAUACUGCUGUAACUAUGACAAGAGAGCGGAGAAGUCUGGUGUCCCAUCCAGCUGUUAAUAUGGUGUGGAGUGCAGAUAUCCCAAUAUGUAGAGAUACUGAAAGACCAACAUUCAGAGAUUGUCCCCAAUCACCAGUUUUUGUGAGUCUGCCACCAGGGAGCCCCAUUCCUGUCAAUAUCACUGUGCCAUCAGCCUAUGAUAACUCCAACAGUUCUGUCACCAUUACCUAUAAUCCACCCGACUUCAGAACACCGUAUAUUUUUAGAAAGAACACGACAGUAAUUGUCACUGCCCAGGAUUCCAGUGCUAAUGAAGCUCAGUGUAGAUUCCAGGUGAUACUGAAAGAUACAUUUCCCCCUACCAUUGAAUGCCCGAGGUCUGUGGUGAUUGAGAAGUACUAUACAAACCAAACAACUGUUCCAAUCUAUUACCACCGAAACAACUACGUCACAUCAACAGGAGACAUUGCCCAGCAUACAUACCACCCACAGGAGGGCAGUGCCGUCAGUAUACGUACACAUAUCCAAGUCACCGUCACUGUGUAUGACAACUCUGGAAACACUGCCUCAUGUAACUUCUCCUAUGAAGCUCAAAGACAUGAGAGCUUCCCUAUCUACCAGUUAGACUUCAGUGUGAACUUGUUACCAAGCAAUUCCAAAACAUCUAGUGUAUGUGAUGUAAGCUCCCAGCUGAAGAUGAGAGUGUUGGAAGUCAUCACUAGUAACUGUUCAGCCAUACUUCCACAAAUGUUUAGAAUGGAAGUGAAAAGUGUGUUAAUCAAUCAGGGAGUUGCCAACAUCACAGCCCAGAUUUGGAGACAACCCACCUCGGUGACUGCCACCCCAGAAAAAAUGUCCCAAUGUGCUACUUAUGCGACAAAUGCAUUGAAUAUUCUCAAUAAUGAAGUUCUAUCUUCCUCCUCUUGUGGGGACGUGAGGUUGUCUUACUCCAACAAGAGCUUACAGCAGGGCUUCACAUGUCCAAACUACAGUGUGUUUACUGCCACGCAGCGCUGCAGCCAAUGUGUAUUGGGAACCUUCCCUAACACCAACACCAGCCAGUGUGAACCCUGUCCCAAGGUCAGUGAGGAUGGGCCAGCUCGCCACCCCUACUGUCGUCUCUGCUCACAGGACACUCAGGACGAUGGUCACUGUCUAGCUGAUUGUAAACCAGGAGAAUUCUCCAAUACUGGCUUACAGCCUUGUAUAAAGUGUACCAAGGGGAGCUACUCUGUAAAUAACGCCAGUACUUCCUGCACUGCUUGCCCAGGGAUGUCCUCUAGCACAGUGAACACAGGAUCAUCCUCUCCCUCCGACUGUAAAGAGGAAUGCCCAAUGGGAGCCUAUAGUUUGACUGGUCUAAAGCCUUGUAUUCACUGUCCAUACCACUUCUAUUCUGACCGUACCCGGUCAACUUCCUGUACAGAAUGUCAAAGUGGGACUGGCACCACAUCUACAGGCGGAACCUCACGAACACAGUGUAUAGUACUAAAUCCCUGCGACCAACACGUUUGUCGUAAUAAUGGUACAUGUAUGAGUCUGGACCAGGGCCGAUUCCACAGGUGUUCCUGUCUACAUGGAUUUACUGGUAAGAGUUGUGAGGACCAGAUGAACGUGUGCCACAGCUAUCCCUGUAUGAAUGGGGCUACAUGUCAGUCCACCAACAGCCUCAACAUCUGUAUCUGCCGUCCAGGUUUCACUGGCUUUUAUUGUGAGACAGACAUUGAUGAAUGUGAAUCAAACCCCUGUCAGCAUGGUAACUGCAUCGAUAAGGUCGAUGGAUUUUCUUGUGCCUGUUACCCAGGCUACAAAGGAGUCAGGUGUGCUACCCAGGUUAACGAGUGUGACAGUCAGCCAUGCAUGAACGGUGGGACAUGUGUUGACAUGAUUGGGGAAUACCGCUGUUACUGUAAUGGAACAGGCUAUCAGGGGAGAAGGUGUAACACAACAGUCAUAGACUGUCUGCCAGACACCUGUCUCAACCUCGGUAUGUGUCAUGAUUUCAAUGAUGAGUUCAAGUGCUCCUGUUUGCCAGGCUUCACGGGAUCCCAGUGUGAGAUGUCCAGGGAUAAAUGUGAAUCUACACCAUGUCAGAACGAGGCGUUAUGUCUUGACGGGAUCAAUAACUACUCCUGUAUAUGUCAGCGUGGCUACACUGGGACCCACUGUGAGACUAACAUUGAUGAGUGUCAGAGUUUUUCCUGUCGGAAUGGCGGCACAUGUAUAGACAGGAUUGACAAUUUUGAUUGCACCUGUGCCACAGGAUAUGCAGGGAAGACAUGUGCAGUAAACAUCGAUGAUUGUUUGUCAUCACCAUGUCAGGAAAAUAACACCGUCAAGUGUGAAGAUCUGGUUGCUGGGUUCUUUUGUGUCUGUAAACCUGGCUGGACAGGUGUACAUUGUGAGACAUUGUUAGAGGAAUGCACCUCUCAUCCGUGCCAGAAUGGUGCUACUUGUCGGGACGUUGAUGUAGACUACAUCUGUAGCUGUCCUAAAGGUUUCACUGGACUGGACUGCCAGGUUGAUGUGGAUGACUGUGCAUCAGGUCCCUGUUAUAACAGUGGAACAUGUAUAGAUGGAGUCAACAGUUAUACCUGUACCUGCCCUCAUGGAUUUACAGGGGCCAGAUGUGACAGUCUACUGGAUCUUUGUUCUUCAUCACCGUGUCACAACUCGGGCACCUGUGUCAGUCUAUUAGGCAACUACAGUUGUAGUUGUAAGUGGGGAUGGACUGGACUUAACUGUGAAAAUGGAGUGGAUGAUUGCCUGAGUAUGCCUUGUCAUAAUGGUGGAACCUGCCAGGACAAGCACCUUGGUUAUGACUGCACCUGUACACAUGACUUGACAGGUCCUCAGUGUGAUGUAGCGGUAGAUCCUUGUGACUCAUUAGCCUGUGAGAAUGGAGGAAGCUGUGUAAUUGAAGGGAACCAGAUUAUGUGUGUGUGUCCACCAAUGUACAAAGGCGAGGUCUGUGGCGACAAGUUAGACACAUGUGAGGUCACAAAUCCCUGUCAGAAUGGCGCCACCUGCUCCUCUCAUGGAUGUCAAUGCCAGCCCCUCUAUACAGGAAAACACUGUGAUAAAUUGAUGACCAAAGACUUUGACCUGGUGUUCCCUGGUCAGCCUGGCUCUAUAGUCCAGUCCCCAGUGGUGUCUCCACAACAAACCUCCCAACUGUCAAUAUGUCUCUGGGUACACUUCAGGAACAAGACUGCUAACAUGACAUUCCUCUCUCUACACAGUGAAGAUGGGUUGGAGUUACUGGCAAUGUUAGGUGAUAAACUGGUGCUCUCAUUCUCCUCACCACUUACAAUCAACUGGAUGGUCAAUGACAAGCUGUGGCACCAUGUCGCCUUUACCUGGUCGGAUUCAGGCCACUGGUCCGUGUAUGUGGAUGGCCAAAUCAUCAAUGAGGGAACUUCAUACAGUCAACAAGUGGCCAUGCCAAAUAGACAAUCCAUUGUGUUGGGACAGAGAUCAGUAUCUCUAACAGCACGUAAUCCCUUUGAAGGGGAGAUAAGUCAGGUGAAUGUUUACAGUAAAGCCCUGAGCCAAACAGCUAUCCAGGCUAUGGCCAACAACUGUACCACAAGCCAGGAACUAGGCGAUCGCCAUCAGUGGCCCGAAUUCAGUAGCUAUCUCCGUGGUAACGUCAGUGUAAUAAUGCCCACUAUCUGUGGGGCAUCCACCUGUCCCCCUGGUAUGAAGGGGCCUCGUUGUGACUUGCUUAUAGACAAAAACCCUCCUGUGGUACACAACUGUACUGACAACAUCAUGAUUGUGAGUAACCAACGUCUCAACAAGGUGGACUGGCAGGAGCCUGGCUUCUCUGACAACAUAGGGGUAAAGAACAUCACCAAGACACACCGACCAGGAAUCACUUUAUCCUACGGACAGUAUAGAGUUCACUACACAGCCUUCGACGAGGAGGGAAACUUUGCCAUUUGUACCUUUGACAUAUUCAUUAAACCCCAGGACUGUGUGAUGCCAGUUAGUCCUACCAAUGUACAAAUGGAGUGGAUGUCUUGGGAGAAAGGGCUGUCCUUCCAUAUUGCCUGUCAAGACUCUCUCCUACAGACUUUUCCUGUCCCAGUCCCUACCUGGUACACAUGUGGCAUUGAGGGCUUCUGGGACCCCCCACAAGGAACAGACUUCACACUCCCAAGUUGUGCUGGGGUGACAUCAGCGUCUGGUAGUCUGACAGGAGAGAUGAAGUUCUCCGGACCAGCCUGUACGGAAACGUCUCUACAGAGCCUGAAGAAAGACACUCUGGACGUGUUCCUGAACAUGUACCAGUCCUUAUGUCCAUCAUCAAACUGUAGUGCAGUCAGCAUCCAUGUUGACUGUGGAGGAUUGGGUGUGAAAAGAAGGAAAAGACAAGCUGACAACACCUACAGUGUUGUCUUUGAUUUAUCUGUUAAUGGGUCAUCAUUGGGCAGUUCUGGUAAUGCUGGGAAUUUGAUAUUUGAGACCAUGGUGAAGGAGGGAAGUUUUGACACAACUGACUUUGUACUAGAUAAGAACAAUGCUAGUAUUAAAAGUGCUAUACAGUGUGAGGAGAUGGGACAGGUCCUUACCCCAGAUAACCUCUGUGUGAAUUGUGCUGUUGGAACAUAUCAAAAUGGCAACACAUGUGAGUUGUGUCCAAUUGGUCAGUAUUCCGACUCUGAGAAACAGACUUCAUGUGAGAACUGUCAGACAGGAACCACCACAUUGACACAAGGCACAACCCACAGUUCACACUGCUUCACAAUGUGCUCAGUAGGACAGUUUUACAGUAAAGAGACUCUGGGAUGUAAUGACUGUAGCCUUGGUUACUACCAGGACGAGGUAGGACAGGUCACCUGUAAAUCCUGUCCUAAUGGCCAAAUGACCACAGAUAAAGGAGCAGAAUCUCUCGACUUCUGUACUGGUAUGUACCUCUACAUGUAG